AUGGAAGGCACCUUGGAAGAACCCCCGGUCAAGGACCUACCUCAGGAAAAUCCUGACAAGCUCGUUAAAGAUUCUAUAAUUCCAAAUGGUGUCAAUGGGAACUAUGAUGCUGAUAACGAAGAGCACGUUGACUCAAGUAGCGAUGCAUGUAAGUCAGUCACGGAUGAUGUUACGAGAGAAGAUGGAAAGCAGGCUGAGGACGAAGAAGAGGAGGAGGAAGAAGAAGAAGACGAAGAAGAUGACGACGAUGACGAUGAUGCUGAUGACGAGGAUAAACAGGAAGAGGACUGUGGAGAAAUAAGAGACAUAAACUUUGAAGAUGAUAUUCAAGAAGAAAAAGUACAUUCUGCAGAAUUAAUAAACAACUCAAAGGUGUCGGAAUCAUCUGAUGGUGUCAGUGAGGCGAACAAUGUUAGUGAAGUGUCUAAAACCGAGUCUGAGUGCAAGAUUGUUUCCUGCGAGCCAAUGGAGAUUGACGCGCAAAGUAACAAUUCAGAUGUAGAAUGUUUGGAUGAAGGUGUAACUGAGAUACACUCAGAUAGCGAGGAUGUGUUCACUAUUGAGAAAUCCCGAGUCGAAAGCAACAGAACUACAUCGGAAAGUAGUGAUGUACGACGAAUUAGCGAUAGUAAUGAUGCUGCUGACAGUAGCAUGGAUACGUCAGAUGUAAAGAUCUGCGAGGAGAACGGAAGUUGUGGUAGUCCCGACAUCGAGGAGAUAACGGACACUUCCAAGAGUAACGGUCACAAUGCUGAAUCGGAUCGCUCCUCGAAAGAUACUCCCAAGCAAAAGAAACCUAGGAAGCAGGUAGAUCUUAGUAACAUUACGCCAAGGCGAAGUUCUCGUAAUAUAAAAAGAACAAGUUACAUAGAGAAAGAAAUAGAAGAGGAAGUAGAUGAUGGCUCUGAUAUAGAGGAGAUCAAGCCAGAGGAUCCUUUAGCUGGUGUUGAUAGCAAAGAUAAAGAGAAUUCAAAGUUAAAGUCUCCCACGAAAAAUAACAAGACAACUAUUGUUGUCAACGAUACUAAACGUCUGGUGGAAAUAGCUGCUGGGAGUAAAUCGGUCAAAGGAGGAAAGAAAGAACCCACGUUAGUCAUUAUAGAUACGAAUUCCAUUCUUUCAGGACGCGGUGGUGUACCCGUGACUAGUAACAAAUCUCAUCAUUCGGGAUCCAGUUCCAGUUCUUUCUCGGUAGUCCCAAUGGGCAUGACUACCCAGACAAUGUAUCCCAACAUGAGAACCACCAUUACUCCAGUACCCAUGACCUCGAAAUCUGCUCAGUUGAGCCCAAAAACAAGCAUCGCUGCCGUUACGCCAUCAGCACCUCAAAUUUUGCCUACACUCACGGAUGACAUGUUUGUCGUCGAGGCGCCGUCCUUCAUUGUACCUUAUGUUUACGAGAAACCACCCCUCAAGCCCUUGAAGGAAUUUGUCACUAAAUUAGAAAAGUGUAUUGAGGAGAAGGAGAAGGAAGAGAAACUCAGGAAGUUGGCUGAGGAAGCCAAGAAAUUGGAAGAACGCAAGGAGGAAGCGGAAGCGAAUAAAACUGAUAAAGAGAAGAAUGAUGAGAGCGAAAACGAGGGUAGUGUAAAAAGUAAGAAAGACCUGGAUGAGGGUAGUGGUGACAAUUCAGUAGAUCUAAUCGAAAAAGCUACUACUGGACCAGAAGAGAAACAGGAAGAAAAAUCUGAGGACAGAAACAAAGCCACCACAUACUUUGAUCUGCCUCUGGGAAAAUUUUUCAUGCAAAUUGGCGUAAACCUUGUCCAGGAAUUUGUGCAAACCGAUUUGUUGCGGACUCAGAAGCGUAAACAGGGGAAAGGUGGUACAUCAACAGAAACACAGCUAGCUAUAAAUUCACUGAUCAAGAACCUAGAAUUUAGUAAAGAAAAUAACGAACCAUUCCACUUAGAAAUGAAAAAGUGUGAGUUCUGUAGUUUUAAAACUGAAUCAGCCCUGGUAAUGCAACAUCAUCUGGAGACACCUCAUAUGCGCAACUACGUUUACAAAUGUAACUUCUGUCCUCUGGAAGUGCGCAGCCCUCACGACAUCUUGUUUCACAUGGAAGCAGAACAUAAUACUCGCGGAAGAUUGGAACGCGGUCCGGCCUUUCAUCAGUGUCCAAACUGUCCUUUCGAAGAUAAUCAAAAGGGCAAACUCACACGACACAUCCUCGCUUGUACCAAAAAGUUCCGACCGGAACGUAACUUGGAACCAGCUACGGAUUGGGAACCACCCGCAAAAAUACCUAGAUUAAAUCGGGCGAGAGCUGUUGGUGCAACUAACCCUAGUGCUCUUGCUAUGGCGAUGAGUGGCAAAGGACCACAACCCCUUCUACCCAAACUCCUGCCAGCACCAAUCACCGGCCGUGGAAGAGGACGUCCUCCUAUGCAGCCACGAUAUUCAGACUUGAAAACUUUGCGGCCUGGUACUACCACAAUUCGGCAAGACAAUGUUCCAGGAAUGAUGUAUCGACCGACUUCGUCUGGUCUUCUGGUACCUACAUCGUACCAGUUCGGUACUAACCAUAUAUUCCAGAACACAUCGGCCAGUUCCAAAAAUCCAGCGGCUAAAUUAUUAAGUCAGCCAAGUAUAUCCAUAACUCCAUUGCCUCGUACAACAUCUCAAACACCCAGUCCAGGUUCGGGCUCUUCUUCGAAGCCCGGUGGGAAAAAUACCUUCGUCAUAUGUGAGAUUUGUGAUGGAUAUAUCAAGGAUCUAGAGCAGCUGCGAAAUCACAUGCAAUGGAUCCAUAAAGUUAAGAUACAUCCGAAAAUGAUUUAUAACAGACCUCCAUUGAACUGCCAGAAAUGUCAAUUCCGGUUCUUCACGGACCAGGGGUUAGAAAGACAUCUGCUUGGAUCUCAUGGACUCGUCACAUCCAGUAUGCAGGAAGCUGCAAACAAGGGCAAGGAUGCAGGACGUUGUCCAGCUUGCGGCAGGGUAUACCAAUGGAAACUACUAAAUCAUGUAGCACGGGAUCAUGGAAUGACACUAAAGCCUGCGCAUCUAUCAUACAAAUGCACAGUUUGCACUGCCACAUUUGGAAUGUACAAGCAGUUUGAAAAUCACGUAUACUCGGCACAUAGCGUCGUUGCAAAACGAGUUAUGGAUAAGAAGAAUGCACCUUCGUCCCCAUCGUCCAGAUCCAAUGACUCCCUUCUUAAGCCUCUGAAGAUCAACGACGAGAUCACUAUUAUUCCACAACCAGCAAAACCGACAACCAGGUCCGGUGGUACUCAAGCCAGAGGCAAAUAGCAAUGAUUGGCUGAGUGAUACGUGCAUCUCGUCUUAUUCAGUUUCACGUAACUUCGUGGUACUCCAACACCGAUCGUCGUAGAAGCGUACGGCGAUCGACCGUGCCGUGUACAUGUGUAUGCAUACUAUGCUUAAGACACAAAAUUGCGACACCUUAAACAAAACCAAGCGAAACGAGAAAAAAAGAAAAGUCUACAACUCUUUGGUAAAAAAAACACUAGUUGACUGCGUAAUAAUAUUCCAACAAUGAUUAUACCGAUAUAUUUAUUUAAGAAUUUUUAUUGUUGUUAUCGGACAUACAUAAAAUAGACUGUAAAAACAUUAAAGGGUGGCCUUCAGUAUAAUUCCUUGGUUAAUCCUCGAAAUUAUGUACUCCCAACCUGAACGCCUCUACGACACAUCGUACAUUUAUAACGAAAAUUCGUUAAUGCAGAAAGCAGCCUCUAUUUGUGUUGAUUUAGCCGUCACGCUAUUAUCUCAAGAUUUCUCUGUUUCUCCUGUUUACUAGACUUCAACUUUUAUCAACAAUCUAUCCAUCUCUUCGACAUAUUCUUCUGACGUGCGAUUAAACUUUCAAGUAAAUUGCGUAGUACAACAGUUAAGUGUGGCCCAUGUAAUUGUUUCCGGUGGUGUGCAAGAACGAUUCGCUAUGGUGUGAAUUUUUUCUUUUUUUUUCCUUUUUUUUUUUAAAUUUUCUUCUCUUCAUUCACGAAUGGGAGUUUGCGAGUUCGCAAUCUUUGUGAAUCAAUUUAUGUGGGUAUAAAUGAACGCAUUAUUCACUGAUUCGCCUGGCACGUAUGUACCAACUGCUACUACAAAUUAUUUAAUAGAUAUAUUGUUACGCCCGAAGGACCCUAUGGUUCGACUGUCUUUUUAUUGACUCCAUCGCGAUAUUUUUCUAACAAUCCAAUAUACUGAUUAGUCGUGCUAUCCCUUUCGUCCCACGCUUUCUACGAAGCAGCAUACUAUUACGUAAACUCGUGCGCGUCUUGUAUAAUUUACGAGGUAACAUUCGGGCAACCGGAACUGUAAAUUGUAUCUAUUUACUAUAAGUUGGACCGCAUUGGUUCCGUACAUUGUAAUAAAAUAUCCAGUUUUAUUUUUGCGCUCUUUUAAGGAUAAUUAAAAAAGAAAUCAACAAAAAUGUACAUUAACAUAGGGAAUAAUAUAAACAAAUAUAUCAAUAAAAUAGGAUGGCACACACUGAGCGUAUACAUUUUUCUUCUAUCGAGUGGUAAUCAUGAAAAAUGACAUCGGCCGUCGGACUUCUGUAGCACACGACUCGAUGUAUAUUUAUACUUAUGUAUGAACAUAUAUAUACACAUAUAUAUGUGUAUGCAUACAUAGUGUAGACGGAUGUAUGUACGUAUACAUAUUUACGCAUAUGUAUAUAUACAUAUAUAUAUUAUUAUUAUUAAAAUUAAUUCAAUAGCGUAUAGCGACAGUGUAUUGCAAGAAGAGAACUGUUAAUUUCUUCAUGUGUACACUAGGAGAUGAUAAUAGGCUUAUAUAUUCAUAUGUAGAUAGACGUUAAAAAGAGUAACGGGUUUUAUUUAAUAAUUUCGAUUUUGUCCUGAUAAUUUUUCUACGUUAUUAUUAUAGAUGAUAACUUUUAGAAGAGUGAAGCUGUAUUCAGCGAGGGAAACAAAAAGGUGCGAUACGUUCGCGCUGAACGGCUGUAUUAUUUAACUUGGCUAAACGCGCCAAUCACUUUUAUUGCAAAAUAUGUUGGUAAAGAAACUGAAAGCAUUCGUAGACAUAAUUACAGGAAUACAUAGUUUACUGUAAUAAUUUGUACAAUAUUAUAUGAAUAACUAGUGAUUGCGUAAAUAAAGUGUACCAACAUUGUA